CAUCACAGUGUUCAAUGUUACAUCAUUGGCAUGAUUGCUGGUGCUGCCCCUGCCAACUUCAUAUCUGCUAUUCAUGCUCUUACAGAGUUUAGAUACCUCACUCAAGCCCUGCAUUUCACUGACAAGCAAGUGGUAGAGUUGGACUGCUGUUUUAAAGCCUUCCACUGGCUCAAACAUUCCAUUGUUGAUGCUAGGUGCUCGUUAGGGGAAAAGGGGCAAGGAUAA